AUGUCCUCCAAUACCAACCGUCCAUCUCCACCAGAAAACAACAUCGACCGUUUCCUCCGCAUGCGGAAGGAAAUGUGCGACAAGCUGGUGCGCUGGAACAUGAAUCUCAUUGGGGAUCCAGGUAUCAGCCGCAUCAUGUCCACCCGGGUCGCGCAGCUCCUGAAUGAGUUCGAUGAGUUCACAACGCUGACAUUCGAGAUCUGGAGCUCCUGGAUUAUGUCUGAUAACGACCGCGAGGGCUUGACAGCCUGCUUCCGGACCAAGGUCGACUGCAUCAGGGAGCACAUGGUGACAUUGAUCCGAGAGUUGGACACCCCGCCCUUGUACUACCACCGCGCUGAGCUUGCGGAAGUAAUGAGCAUGCUAGCUGUCAGUAUCGGUCGGCUGCACUACCGCAAGCAGGUCGACGACGAGGUCCGGCGGAUGCGGGACGCCGCGCGCGAGAUGAACCAUAGAGUCGUAACGUCUCCAACAUACCUUGGGCCCCAUCUCGCAACCGUGUGGGAUAAUAUAUUUGGAACCAUUGAAUGCGGCUGUGAGUAUUGCGGGACAGAUUGA